AUGCGCCAUAGGCUGAAGCGUUCGGCCCUCUGCAUAUUCGUGUGGUUGGCGUGGAGCCACCGCCCCCUUGACUCUGAAGAGAAGCCCAGUGGCAAAGCUCCCCUGGCUUUUCAAGACGUGUUUCCGGAGACAAGCGCCAGACGAUUUCAGAAGGGAAGGCGGCAUCUCCUGAAUAUGAUCGGCGCCUCGUUCACGUCACCGGCCUGGGCUGGCGACGCGCCCCGGGAUCUCUUGCUGGCGCAGCUCCAGAAGCGAGUCGACCUUGCUCGUCUCGAUGCUGCGGGAGCUCCUUUGACGCCUGUCAACCUCGAUCCAGCAACGGCCAAAGAGCUGACGAGCCUGGCUGAGACGCUGGAAGCGAGUUUCGCCCGGCAGAAAAACAUUCUGCAGGAUCCUGCCAAACUGCAGCAGCUGAGUGGGAAAUGGCGACUGCUCUUCUCCGAUGCACCGGAGAUUACUGGAUUAGCCAACUUGCCCUUGGGCCUGGCUGUGGGCCCUGUCUACCAGCCGAUCGAUGUUUCGUCGAAGAUUUUCGAGAACCAGUCGCCCAUCGUACAGAAGCUCGGGCUUGUGAAGGGCAAUCUUCGAGUUGUUGGCACUUUUGCUGCAGCUCCGUUGCGAUCUGUGAAUGCAGCUGGCGUGGUGAACACUUGUGGGAACCGCAUUGAUGUCAACUUCGAGCGCCUGGUGUUUUCAGUGGAUCAGCUCGCUGGCAUCUCCACCGGUUCUUUUCUGCAGCGGGUGGCCACGCCAACGCGUGCCCCUGGUGCACCCCAGCCCGCCAUCGACAUCACUUACUUGGACGACUUUCUUCGAAUCACCCGAGGGGGCGAUGGAUCCUUGUUUAUUCUGGUAAAAGAGGAUGCUGCAGGUCCAGAUGCUGGCACUCGCGAGAAGCUCAAGAAGGUGCAUGGACGGUUCGAGGUUCAGGAGAUUCAGGUUUUUGCCAGCCAUCCAAGUGAGCUUUUACCUCUCACGACCACGUGGCUUUUGUGCCAUCAGGUGCCGCAUCCAGGCAAUGCCAGAGGAGAAGAGCUCAAAGAGCAGUGGGAGCCCGAAGCCAAGACUCGAAGUGCCAUGAAGGGUGAGCGACCUGCGUGGGUCCAGCUCACGGCCAAGCUCCAGUGGUGGAGCAAUUCCUGCUUCUGCGAAUGCCCGGAGCGGCGAGACGCGAACAUCGAGCUCGUCGAAGAGCGGCUGAAGAAAGCCGAGCUAGCCAGGGCAUGCUCUGCAUCGGACGGGGGAGAGCCACAUCCCGAGCCUGAUCUUGGCCUGAGCUUGGCGCCAGCCCCUCUUGUUCGCUCACGAACGCCCUCGGGUGACUUUAUAGCCCAGACGUUCCACAGACAAGUCUCCCCACAGGAGACCCACAGCUCACCGAAGAAGCUUGCCAGCAUGCUCAGGAUGUUGGAGUCGCGAACCAACAUCAACUUGGAUGACGUCUCGAAGGAAAGUAUGCCCAAGGAGAUCAAACCCCGGCGGCGGCUGGUGCGGCACGAGGCCGAAGAUCUCCGUUGGGUGAAGGAGGCUUUGGGCAUGAUCUGGCCCAAGGUGAAUGUCGCCGCAGAGAAGUUCAUGGUGGAGGAGGUCCAGCCCCAAAUCGUCAAAGAGCUGCCAAAGUUCUUGAAAGGCUUCCACUUCAAGCAUUUUAACUUCGGCCAUGGCAUUCCGGAUCUGCAUGGCCUGGAGGUGUGGGAAGCACCGUGCCGGGAUCAGGACACAAAGCGGCAGGGCUUUGAGAUCCACGUGUCUUUCAAGCUCCAGUCGGACGUGGAGAUUGCUGCCUCCGUGCUGGGUCUCACCGCGGGCCUCUCCUACCUCUCCCUAAAGGGUAGUCUGGUUAUCCGCCUUGACCCAUUGCUCAAUGAGGAGCCUUUGAUUGGAGGCAUUGUGGCCUACUUCAUCGAUCCGCCAGUGGUAGACUUCCGCAUGACGCCCGGAAUUGCACAGGUGGCAGAGGUGGGUCCUCUGAACAAGGUCAUCCGAGAUCUCCUGCAGUCCGCCAUCCAUGAUCAGCUGCUGCUUCCCAAUGUCAUCCACGUCCCCAUGGUUGACGAUGAGGACUUGGUGGACACGGCCAGCGUAAGAGAUGCGAAGCCGCUGGGAGUACUGCGAGUAACUGUUUCGUCCGUGCACCUUCCGGCAGCAACUUCUGGCAGCUGCCUCGGUGGCCCUCUGCGCCCUUGGCUGGGUCGGCAGAUGACUCCCGAGGUCCGACUUGAGCUCAGCGCUGAGGAGUGGCGCACCCCUGUGCUCGACCGCCGCAGCGAGGAGAUUUACCACUUCAGCUCUGAACCGACUCGAGGCCGAGUUUUCAUCCGCAUCCACGGGGCCACCGGGCUGCCCGACAGCCACAGCUCUAACCCCUGCUACAUCACGGCGCAGGUGGGGCAGCAGCAACAGCGAACCACUGCCGUGCCUCAUUGGUUCACUUCAGGAUGGACAGACAGUAACGAGCUCGAUUUCCCGGUGGGAGAAGACGACCACAUGCUGCGGCUGGAGGUGUGGUAUCCCGGCUUGGCCUGGGAUCAGAGUCUGGGCUUCGUGGAGGAAGAUCUUGACACGACCAACACAGGUUCCUGGCAUUCGAUGACGCGACGACUGCGACCGAACGAGCAUGGAAGUCUGCAGUAUGACGUGCGCUUCGAACCAGAGGGUGUUUCCUCCGCGCGCCAUGUUGCCAGGAACAUGCACGACUUCUUCGUCUUUGACUACAACCAGAAACUGCAAGUCUCAGUCAGCGACGUUGGCCGCUGGGGAUCACCUCGCUUCCUCGGCACUACGAAGAAGCGGAAGAUCUCAGAGUUGCUGUGCUGGGGAGGGGUCUGCAACGGCUCUGUGCAGAUGAAUCUCCACGAACUGCCGAACAACACAGAGGUUUCCCUCGGUGCAGUCACACUUCACAUCGAGUGGCUGGAGAUCAUUCCACACUCAGUGGACUACGAUGAAGGUUUGCUACAGUUCCAUAUUGACGAGGUCUUCGUGCCGGAGACUGUCAAAAUGGAUCAGAUCGCAUUGUCCGUGCGAGUGGGUGAGGAGCAGUUGCGGACACCCUUGGUGCGGUUGAAAGGGGGAGAGGCCGCGGCAGCUGAGCAAGAUGGAAAGACGAGACAAUCCAUUUCACGCACCAUGAGCAUCUUCCAGGAGGCCAAGGGGGAGAUCGAGACGAUCCUUCGAAUGCCAGUCUCCAGGUUAGCCCUGGAAACACAAAGCUUGGAGAUCGCGGCUUUGAAUGACAAAGGCCAAGUGAUGGCGCGGCAUGCCUUCCAACUGCAUCACCUGGUGCGAGCGCCCAUGCGCGCCAUCUCCUUCGAGCCGUGCAACAUGCACAUGGAGGAUCAAAGCGACCAGCGAAUCUCCGCAGAGGUCCAGGUGCGUCUCAUGGGACUUCACAGGGUGAAGCACAAGGAUGCCAUAAAGCGGCUGGCGAUCAAGGUUACCGCAGAUGAUGCGUCUUCGGACACCGAGACCUCACAAGACGAAGGAGAGGAGAGCGUUGCCCUGGUUGAUCGGUCCUUCUCCUUGCAGUGGGUCAAUUUCAUCUAUGGCAAGCUUCACCCGAAGAUUUCUGUGAUCAUCGCACGGAUGAUGGAAGACCGCUUUGGACUGAUCACGCAGAUGCUGCAGGCUCGCUUGCCAGGCCCCUUGAAGGACAUCCACUUCAAGUAUUUCCGCCUGGGUGAUACUCCACCUGCCUUCGGACCGAUCACAGUAGCGGAGACCCUGCGUGGCCAUCGAAGUGCAGGCAUCGAGAUGCAGGUGGGCUUUCAGCUGGACACCAAUGCACACAUGGAGCUGAGCGUGCAUGGCGCCAACUUGGGUAUCGAUCGGAUCCGAGUGCAGGGUCAAUUGCUGGUUCGCUUGGGUCCGCUGCUGGAAGAGGUGCCCGUUCUCGGUGGCAUCGUGGCAUGCUUCCUGAACCCACCAGACCUGGAGUUGCAGUACUGCGGUGUUGCGCACUGUGUUGAGAGCACGAUGCUGGCCAACCGUUUCCAGAAGAUGGUGGACGUGGGGUUGGCAAGUGCCCUAGUGCUGCCCCACGUGUUUUCCGUCCCAAUUGGCACGGAGGGGCAGGCCGUGGACAGAGCUCUUCUGGCGCAUCCGAAACCCAUAGGUGUGCUUCGUGUCACUGCCGUGCGUGCCACCAACCUCCGUGAAGGUUGGCCUCUGAAACGCUCUAGAAGUCCCUACCUGAGUUUGUCUCUUGCGGGCGAGGAAUGGCAAACUUCAGCAGUGUGGUCAAGCUUGAACCCUGAGUGGGAUGAGACCCAUGAUUUCCUUGUAUAUGACAAGCGCCAAACCCUGGGCAUUGAAAUCGUUGAUACGAACUCACUUUUUCUGCGCAAAGUCAUUGGCUACGCUGACCCCAUCUUGGCGACGGACACAGAAGCGCACUCGGAAAUCCCCCUUGCUCUGUUCGACUGCCCGGAGAGCUCAAACACACCGAAGGCUGCCUCUCAUCCACGUCAUCCGGCCGGAAAUGUGGAGCUUCGCUUGGACUGGUUGAACUUCGUCAGGCAUGGGCGCAAGGGUCCUGACGGCUUUUGCGUGCUGCGUGUGAAGUUCGAUGAAGUGGAGGUUCCUACGCAGUUGGUCGAUCUGCGCAGCACCAGUGAACUGGAUCCCCUUCGAGUUCGCAUGUGUGCCAGCAUUGGAAAGGUUAAGAAGUCGACGCCCGAGGUGGCGUGGUUUAAGCGAGACCCGACUCAGCAGGACCCUCGAACGAUUGAGUUGGACAUCGAGAAUGUGCUCUACAUGCUCAUUCACAAAACGGAUCUGGAUUCCGGAACUUUGGAGCUCGAGUUGCUGGACGGUCACGACAAAGUCCUAGGCUCUUCCAGCCUCGAGCUUCACAAGGCGGGCCAGCGAUUGGUUUUGGCAAUUACAAGUAGUACAGUUGCAUUAUGUAGCAGUGCAAUUCAGGGUAGUUAUCGUCUUUGCUUCCUUGCUCGUGUUGAAGUACUGGUUUCAUGGCAUGACGCUAGCAUCGUUUUUUCUCAGUUGGUGUACUUGGAUUGGCGGGGUUGUUGCUGCUACUGUUGCUGGCGGUCUAGCAAUAUUGCGUGCAGCUUCGGCAGAAGUGUCCUGCAGCCUACCGGAAAUAGCGAGCACGGCGAGCCAGCGGGAAAUUGGCUCUCAAUGGCCAGACGAGUCAAAUCUCGUCAUGGCAGUCUUUAA